AUGUUGCCAUCACUACACGCAUUUCUUUGUGACCAGGACCUCGGACAGUACUACGAUUCCUUCAUUCGAGCGGGGGCAACCGAUCGCGAUGUUCCGCAACUGCUGCACUUGAAUGACAACGAACUCAAUGAGUUUCUCAGUGCUGUGCGUAUGCUUCCGUUCCAUGCUGUUGUUCUCAAGAAGGGGCUCCGAGUAUUGCGAUCCAAGCUAGACAAUGAACAACAGCCUGCAUCAUCAUCAUCAUCACCACCACAACAACAACAACCACCAUCAACAUCACAUCAACAUCACCAUCAACGUGUAGGCAUUGACAUGAUCCUGAAUAACACAAGCGAUACCCCAACUUUAUCAUCCACAUCAUGCAACAAUAACAACAACAACAAUCAUGCGUCAGGUGACAUGACCAACGAUGCUGCGCAAGAAGCUUCACGCGAUGUAAUUGUCUUGCAUGCUACCAUUUAUGGAAAGAACAGCCGUCGACCCUUGACAAAGUAUGAAAACGCCAUCAAUGAAGCAUCCAUCAGCCUUGCUCUAGAAAAUCCAUCUUUGCUUGUCAACAAAGGCGACCUUUUCGAACAAGCCAAAAAGCGACUUUUAGAGAAUGGCUAUCAAUACAAACGUGGACGCAGCCGAUCAAAAUUGAUUGCCACUACGUAUCCAUACCAACGACAACAAUCCUCAGACGACGAUGGAAAAUGCUCGAAAAGGAAAUUGAAUGCACAACGAUUAUCCCAGCAACGACAAGAAAAGUUGAAUGAAUUACAAGUCAAGAUCAAAACGGUGGUGGAAAGACAACAACAACAUCCAGAGGAAAUGGCACAAUGGGAACCCACACGACAAGCUCUCAUGAAACAAGUGAGCAAGAUCAAGUCUCAGGAACGAAAGCAUCAAUGGUACGAGAGGCGAAAAACGGAGCGUGCAGAUAGUGGAUUCUCUGAAGAGAGCUUUGAAAGUAGUCAAGAUCCAUCAUCAUCAUCAUCAAGUCAAGAAUCGACAGCACCAACUUCAUCACAACCUGAACAACCACAACCACAGCAACAGCAACAAGAAGUCUAUGAUGAUGACGAGACUGAAAGUGAAGAUGAAGAUGAGGACAUGGCCAUGCAACAAACUUGUUCUUCAACACCUUCUUCAUCAGCACCCACAUCCCCUUCUUCAGUGACAACCCAUUUAUCUGCACCCUUCUAUUGUAAUCAUCCAGCUUAUCCAAGAGAAAGUGCUGUUCGAGAUCACACCUCACCUUACGUUAAUGACUAUUUGCAACAACGACAAUAA